AUGGAACAUUCCCGAUUGUCGCGAAAUUCAUUUAGUAACUUUCACCUUUCCUCAUUGCACUAUUACCUUGCCAUUAUUUGGCUUCUCAGUGUUGUUUUGCUUACUGACGCAGCGAAGAUUCAUAAAAAACAUGGUCCCCAUAAUCAUUCAGGACGGAGUCUUCUUAAUAUUAAUCUUCAAACUAAUAACCCAAGACAAAAUUUCUCUUCCAGCAAUUUAUGUGAUCCUAAUGUGAAACAGUAUUCUGGUUAUAUACAAACUUCUGACGGUGCAAACAUGUUUUUUUGGUUCUUUGAAUCGAGAAAUAGCCCGUUAAGCUCGCCUCUCACAUUAUAUCUUAAUGGAGGUCCCGGGUGUUCCUCAAUGAUUGGGCUAUUUCAAGAAGUAGGACCUUGUAGAUCUCAAUCAAAUGGAAAUAGCACUUAUACAAAUCCUUAUAGUUGGAACCAAGUUUCAAAUUUAUUAUUUGUUGACCAGCCAAUCGGUGCAGGAUUUUCAUAUGGCACAAAUUAUUUGACUUCGACGGAUCAAGCAGCAUCUAAUCUUUAUGAAUUCUUACAGAAAUGGUUUGCUAUAUUCACAGAAUACUCGACUUUAAACUUUCAUAUAUUCGGUGAAUCUUAUGCAGGACAUUAUAUUCCUAUCUUAGCAAAUUUGAUAGUGAAUAAAACUAGCAUACUUAAUAUAGCAUGUGGACUCUUACCAUGCCAGAUUAAUAUCAAUCUCAAAUCUAUUGGAAUUGGUGACGGAUGGAUAGAUCCUGCAAUCCAAUAUGCAUCUCUUAUGGAUUAUGCCACAAACAAUUCUUAUAAUCCAACACUGGUUUCUUCCGAUGUGCUUACAAAUAUGAAUGGGGCAUAUCCAACAUGUAAAAACUUACUUUCACAAUGUGACAGCACAAGUACUAAUCAAGACUGUAGCAAUGCUGAUGACUAUUGCUUCGAUAACGUUUUCCUUCCGUUUGCCGAAAAUUUAAAUUGCAGUAUCUAUGACGUUAGAGCGUCUUUGUAUGGUCAGCCGGAACCACCGGAAGAUUAUAUGAAUUACUUGAACUCAUCUGCAGUUAUGAAAGCAAUUGGCGCAAAGACAAAUUAUGUCGAAUGUUCCGAAAAUGCUUAUAUGUCUUUUACGAAUACUGCGGAUUUGCAAGUUGCACGAAGCUCUCUCACCCAACUAAGUAAUGUCAUUAAUGGAGGUAUUCGUACUUUGCUGUAUUUUGGUGAUGCUGACGCUAAUUGUAAUUGGAUUGGUGGACUGAAUGUAGCUAAAUCAAUCCCAUCGAAAUACCAAAGCCAAUUUAAUUCCAAGACGUUACAAAAUUUUAAAGUCAAUGGUCAAACAGCUGGUCAAGUUCAAUCUUCGCCUUAUUUAUCCUUUGUAAAAAUUUUACAAGCUGGUCAUGAAAGUAUCGCUGUUGAUAUUCAUGCUUUAGGCAAAGGAUUACAGAACACCAGUAUGGUAUGGAGUGCACAGUACCUAUUUUAA